AUCUAGGCCACUCCUUGCCUCCUGACUCAGGCCUCAUCCCGGAAGCAAAAAAAACAUUGGAUCCUAUAACAAACAGGAGGGCAGAGGAGGAGGGGGAGGAAGUGGUUCGCACUGUUGAGUAGCUUCCCAGUCGUCAUGACGACCUCACACCCCACCAUCUCCAGAGCUGUCUUCCUGUUGCCACGGUGACCUGAUCCUGUUCCAUCUCUGCUCCUCUUGAUGAUCCGGAUCGGGCUGAUAAAGGAGUGCGACCCUGGAGCGCUGUCUCCUUUCCCUGAAAACAGCCCGUUGAUGGGACAGCGAAUCACACGAAGGGACGAGGAUCGGAGGACAGGAAGGCGCGGCAAGUUGGGAAUGCUGUGGGAGUAACGCCGGAGUGUUGCCUGGAAACAGCAGCAUGCCAGUACAACAGAUAACUGUGGUGCCAGCCAGGGAGACAGCCAGUAACGGCAAGAGUGCUCCACGCUCCAAAGACAAAAAUGAGGGGAGGAAGGCCCCUGGGCGCUCAGGGAGUCGAUCCAGCAACAUCUCCAAGGCCAGCAACUCUACAACAGGACUGACUACAGCCUCAAGGACAUCGAUCACCCCGUCUUCUCAGGACAUAUGCAGCUCUGGCCAGCUGACCCGUUUAGAGGAGGAUGCCUCUGAAUCACACAAACGCAGCAAGCACGCACAUACCUCUGCAAUGACAGUCACCAGCACAACUCUGGGCUCGUCAUCUCAGGCCCAUAAGAAGCAGGUGAAGCGUCGUCACCGCCGCAAAAGGAGCAGCUGCACGGCGUUCGACUGCGUGGAAACCAACGGCAAACAGGAGCAGACAGACCGCAGCGACCGCAGCCCGAGCUCUGACCGCAGCGAGAGGGGGGAAAAGAGGGAGCGGCCUUUCAAGAGCCGACGUGAGCUCCCACCUCGCCUCCGCUGCUCAGGUGCCCCACAGUCUGAUUCCUCCUCAGAGGACGAGGUGAGCCGUGAAGCCCGCAGCUGGAGCAAAGAGAAAGCCCGAAGAGCACGCCGCCGCAGCGGGAGCAGCCGUGAGAGGGAAGGGGCAAACAGCGGUAAAGGAGGCGAAGACAAAGCAGAUAUGGAGCUGCAGUCGGUGGGUUCUGAUGAUGGGAGGGAGAACCAGCCUCUGGUGGAGGACACCGGAGGCCUUAAGAAACGGCACGGCAGCCGGGGCUCAAUGAAGAGAGACGGACAUGGUUCACACAGGGAAUGCUCACAAACCAGAGAUAAGGAGAAGAGCAACAAGGCACGCAGCCCAGGAGGCAGCUCUUCACUGGAAGAGGACACUGAGGAGCUCAUUACCAAGAGAUACCAAGAAAAGGGGUCAGGGGGUGGAGACAUGUCAGUUCCCACACCACAGAAACACUGUGGUGUGAAUGGAGGCACAACCCGGCAGUGCUCUGACGACUCUGAGCUUGAGGUCUGCAGGAUUUGCCACUGUGAGGGGGAUGACGAGUGCCCAUUGAUAAUGCCUUGUCGCUGCACAGGGAGCCUGAGUUUCGUCCACCAGGCUUGUCUCAAUCAGUGGAUCAAAUCCUCAGAUACUCGCUGCUGUGAACUCUGCAAGUUUGACUUCAUUAUGGAGACGAAGCUCAAACCUUUACGGAAGUGGGAGAGACUACACAUGUCGAAGAGUGAGAGGAGAAAGAUCUUCUGUUCAGUGUUGUUUCACCUGAUAGCAAUAGUGUGUAUGUUGUGGUCAGUCUACGUUCUGGUCAAAAGAACCGCUGAAGAAAUCAGACUUGGGAAGAACGAAGAGUUAUGGAGAGUUUCUCUUCUGAAGUACUAUACGCCACAGGGUGUGCUGGAGUGGCCCUUCUGGACCAAACUGAUCGUGGUGGCCAUAGGCUUCACAGGCGGCCUCAUCUUCAUGUACAUUCAGUGUAAAGUGUACCUGCAGCUGUGGCGCCGCCUCAAGGCGUUCAACCGCAUCAUCACUGUGCAGAACUGCCCCGAGAAAGACCUGCACAACUCUCAGGCCCGGCCCAGCACCCUCACCAACGGCAGGCAUGAAACUGUGGAGGUCCCAGUCGGCCCAGCCCCUGUCCUGGCUCCAGAGGCACAGAUGGACUCAGACAUGUCAGUAGAGGCUGCAGUGGCACCGGCACAAAACCCUGUCUGACUGAUUCUCCUUCCAAUCAGUAAAGUUCUGCGUCACACCUUGCUCUUACAACACAAGCUGGUGUGAUCACGGAGAUUUAGACUCAUAACAGUGUUUCUGUGUGUUGUUGUUCUCAGCUCCUGUGAUUGCUGAUCUUAUGAGACACAGUGGACGGAUUUAAAGUGAAAGAACCAAUCCUGUCCCUCAGUGAUCACAGAAAACUGAAAGGUUGGAGUAAAGUGAAUGUGCAAAGUAAGGAAGGUUGGGGCGGGCCAGAACAUAGAGAGAUGGUGAGGAGAUGUAAAGGAAAAUUAAGCCAUCAGCAAGGAACCGGGGUAAAGACUGUUGUAAUGUGGUAUAUUGACACCAUUUUAUUCCUGUAUGCACUUUGAAAAACUGCACUGACUUGGGUUAAAGGUGUAAACAGUCUGUGGAUGCUAUUAACCAAAGGUCUCACUAUGCUUCAAACAAGGUUCAGGGGGCAUGUCACAUGACCAUGUCUGAGGGCAAACGUGUCACAGCUCUCCUGAACAGCUGCACUCGAGAGCCGUCACAGAGGGAGCUGAGACGCGAUGAAUCGUUCAACUGCAAAUAGCAGUUCACACUUUUGGACCGUCUUUCAUUAGACUGGCCAAUCUUUGUAUAAGGGGGUAGAUAAGGACAGCAUACACGUCCGUUCAUACACACAUCAGAGCUGCACAGUAACUGACUAACACGCACCUUACAUAGGCACAGAAACCAUAAAUUAGGUUUUAAAAUUUAAAUAUUAUAUUCAGAUUCUGUUAGACACACAUUCACAAGGUGUGAAGAAAAGUGGCAAAAAGUUUUCAUGACCACAUCUGAAGAAAAAAAGUGUUCAGUUUUUCCACACAGCUACGCUCAUCAAACAACAUGCAAGGUGCAACAGUCGUUGCAAUGGAACAGUCAUUUGUGGAGUUUCACUCAGUCAUGCGCAGGAGACAUGGUGGUGGUAAUUGUGGGAAGCAUGAAAAAAAAAAAAGAGCUUGAGAGAAGUUCAAGGCCUGCACAUACCUCCAAACAUUUGGCCUACUGCUGUUGAAGAAAGGAUGUUUGAUUUUAGAUGCCGUUGGAGAAUCCAACAAGGUCUUCGUUUGAAGCAUACUGAGGCCUUAACUCCCACUGGACAAUCAGGUCUUCAGACACCAAAGAGUCAGAUAUUAUACAUAGAGAAACAAUUAUUUAAACAGUAUCUUUAGCUCAGUCUGAUAUCUAAAAAUUGAAUGUUAUGAAAAUGAAUUUACUGUCAUAGGAACGUUCUGAAUCUUUCUUAAAAUAGCUCAAGUAGCCCAAUGUUUAUGACGUUGUCUUCUGACAGUUUGCAGCUUUACGUGGUCCUGCUCUGCGAGGUCCGUUACUUAUACACAAAUGUAACUACAGCUUUCAUGGUUGCCAAUAGUUCACGUUUUACAUUAGGUUUUAACAGUGUUUGUCUCAAUUAAAACUGACACACUGAUUGAGUGACAAGACAACUGCUCUUUACACUUGUCCACUUUUCUACAGGUUUAAUUUGGAUUUUUUUACCAGUGUCACUGUCAAGUCACAGAAAAUACAAUUUUCUGUGUCUUAUAUCCAUCACAACAUCAGAGCACUCAACAUCUUUGUCAAUGUCUUUUUUUCUAUCUCUGAUUGGAUAAAAAUUGAUUAUUCAGGUUACAUACAAUGCAUAUUUAUUUGUGUAAUAAACAAUGAAUGUAGAACCCCUCACA